AUGGUGGAUUUGAUUCCGCCAUUGGCGUGGCUGCACAUAACGGUGGGCGUCGUAGGCGUGCUGAUCAUGACCUACACCUUCAUGAUGCGCAAGCUGAAAGAGGAUCUGCUUAUAUCGGAGACGUUCGCGGCGCUGGUGGUGGGCGUGCUGCUGGGGCCGCACUGCAUCCGCGUCUUGGACCCGCACGGCGCCUUGGGGGAAGAAACGGCGCUCGCCGUGCUGCAAGAGCUCUCCCGCCUGGUCCUGGCAGUUCAGCUGGUGUCAGCGGGGCUGGGCCUGCCUCUCAAGUACGUGGAGCGGCAGUGGCGGACGCUGGUCGUGCUGCUGGGCCCCACCAUGCUCGCCACGUUGGCCAUCUCCUUCGCCCUCGCGCUCGCAUUGCUGCCGCACGCGGGCGUGGGGUGGCAGACGUGCCUGCUGGUCGCCGCGUGCCUCACGCCCACGGACCCAGUGCUCGCCUCCACCGUCCUGCAGGGCCGCUUCGCUGAGAUGCACCUGCCAGCGCCCCUACGCUUCAUGUUGCAGGCGGAGAGCGGGGCAAACGACGGCAUGGCACUGCCGUACGUGUCACUUCCCAUCGCACUGCUGCUGCAGCCCACUCUCAAGCUCGCGCUCACCAACUGGCUCGCCGUCUCCUGCGCCUACCAGGUGGGCUUGGCAAUAGCAGCGGGCAUGCUGUACGGGCUGAUAGCGCGGGUCCUGCUGCUGCUGGGCGACCGCUACGGGCUCAUAGACGAGCCGUCCUUCCUCGCUCACAUCAUCGGCCUCGCCCUCGGCGCCCUGGGGCUUGUUCGGGCCGUCGGUGCGAGCGGGGUGCUGGCUGUGUUCGUGGCAACAAUCGCCUUCUCAAGCCGGGAACCCACAGCAGAGGAGGGGCGGUACGACGCAAUAAACGGCAUAGAGAUCAUCGUCACCAUCACCUACUUCACCUACUUCGGCGCCUUCCUCCCCUUCGCCGCCUGGCGCGCCCUCGGCAUCCCCCGCCUGCUCCUCUUCAGCGCACUCGUCCUGCUGCUGCGCCGCCUGCCCGUGCUGCUCGCGCUCGCUCCCUGCCUGCCGGAGCUGCACCGGCAGGCGGGGUCUAAGCGAGCGGUGUACUGCCAAGCGGGGUUUGCGGGUUUUUUUGGGCCGAUUGGGGUGGGGGCUGUGCUGUAUGCGGCACAGGCAUGUGAGGAGCUGGGGGGGGAUGCGACAGCAGCGCACGUGGUGCUGUUUGUGGUGGUGGCAUCGGUGGUGGUGCAUGGAGUGACUGCUUCGCCCUUGUCUCGCCUGCUGUCGUCGUGUAUAAAGCGAGCCGAGGAGGAGCACAGGUUGCAGCAGCAGCAGCAAGAGCAGCAAGAGCAGGUGGAGCAGCAGCAGCGGGCGUUUGCUGCACUACCGUCAGUGGCAGUGUCACCUGCAAUGGACUCAAGUAGUGAAUGCUAG